AUGACAGAAGCCAUCACUCACAUUGUGCUGUUCAAAUACAGACCGCACAUCACCUGGACACAGUUCGAAGAACAUUUCUCGGCUUUCACCGCUCUCAAGACCAGAUGCUUGCGAGAUGGCAACCCGUAUAUGAAGUCUAUGCGAAUGGGAAAGAACCGCAGCUGGGAACCAUGCAGCAAAGGCAUGGCCCAUGGUUUUGUUCUGGAGUUAGCAAGCCAAGACGAUCUGGACUAUUACCUCACGAAGGAUGAGAUCCAUGCCGAGUUUUCGCGGAACGCGAAGCCUUUGAUUGAGGAUAGUGUGGUCGUGGAUGGACAUUCGAGAUGGCGUGCCCGUCCUGGCUCCUGCCACUGUGGCGAGAUGCGCUGGACUGCAAAGCUCGAUAAAGCAGAGCAUGUUCUGUGCCACUGUGGGACCUGCCAGAAGCUCGGAGGAGGUCCCUACAGCUGCAACCAGAUCAUUAGCAAAGGGGACCUCAUCAUCACGAAAGGUGAGCUGAGAGUCUAUACCUACCAAGGUGCCUCCGGCAAAGAUGUGCGCUGCUUCUUCUGCCCAACAUGUACCAGCCACAUUUACCACCACCAUGACGCAAUGCCAGAUAAAGUCAUUGUGCGGACGUUGCUACUCGAAGGUGGCAAUCACAUGCCGGCGAAUGGUGAGAUCUUCGCGGAAGGAAGGCUGAAAUGGGUCAAGGACUGGACGUUGGUCGAAAGGUAA